UACAGCUGGUUUUUUUCCCCAUUGGUCAUGCAUCUUCCUUAAAAACUUUUCCACUCCAUCAGUUGGUGAGAGUGUUAAUAUUCCAGUAGUCCUUCCCUCUUUUUUUUUGAGCUUUGUAGCAUUGGAGACUGAUUUUUGGUUUUUUCCUCCUCCAGGUUUGUAGUCCAGUGAUUAGAGUCUCUGGCAGAAUUUAGCUUUUUAAACUACUGAAUUCAUAUCCUCCUGUGUACUGGGUAAAGCCUGAAAAAAGUUAAACCCCUAAUUUCCUCUUUAGUAAAAAAAAAAAAAGUUUUAGUAAGGUGCAGAGUGAUUUUGUCCACAAUUCCCUUACAGAAUAGAAAACUUAAUUUUUUCAGACAACCUCUCUUUAAAUGGAUUUUCAGUUGCUAGGAUGUAAACACUUUCCUGUGAGCAUUUUGCAUUCCUUCCUUUUGCUGGGUUUUCCUUUGGCUGGGUGAGUGAUGCAAGAACACGCCCCCGCGGUGUUAUUUUUGUGAAGUGCUGCUCAAGGGUGUUUUCGGUGUUUCCUCUAGGAGCCAAACACGUUUUCUCCUAGAGAGGAAAACCUUCCCCAGGGAUUCCCGAUGGGAGGGAUGUGUUGGCUGGGAGCGCCACCGCUGGGCUGGCAACUGUUCCUCCCUCUGCCUUUUAGACCCACUUUCUGCAUUUUGCUCUCUGGUUUGAACUUAGAGUGGAUUUGGCUUUACUUAUUUGUAAAUAUUACAUGGACUUCUGGAGCUGCAGGAGAGUGAACAGAGCGAGUGAAGGUGUAAAUUAUCAAAAAGCAGCUGUGAAUGAAAAUAGCAGAAGUAUUCCCUAUGGGUUUUACUAAACCCAUACUUUUACUAAAGCUCUUUACCACAUUUUAGUCUGUUUGUCACCUCCUGGGCUGGGGAGCCCUUUCAGGGGAUAUGCUGAAGUGCUGGCAGGACUCACUGACUAAGCAAAAAGGGCUCUGUAAGACCUUGAAUCAGUACUUUAAACUUGUUCUAAGACAUCUUGAUCUUUUCUUCACACUUGACUCUUAUUUUAACCCCCUUUAUCUUUCUUACUCCUGUGAUUACCAGUUUAACUGCCCUAUUUUUAAAUCUGGGUUAUUAAUUAAAAGUGAUUCCUCCUUGGAGCUCAGCUGUUCAUCAAGUCUGUGAUUGCACUUGAAUAGAAAAAUUUUGUGUGCUUUGUAACCACCAAGAGCCAAAGCAGUACUGUGCAGUCCUGAAUGUCCCAGCAAAGAACUGGCAACGGGGACAAAAAUCUUUGAGCUGUGCAAGAGUCCAACUGCCCAGCGCUGGCUUUAUCACAUGCUGGGACAAGGAUCACGUGGAGAGGCGGGGAGCCAGCCCUGCAGAGCCCAGGUGGCACCGAGGUGCUGGUGCUGGGAGCUUCUGCCCUGAUGGCAUCCGUAAGCCAGCAGCAGAUCCAGAAGUUCCACAAGGAUGGCUUCCUUGUCCUGGAGCAGUUUUUCAGCGCAGAGGAGUGUGACAGCAUGAGGAGGCAGAUCCAGAGGAUCGUGGCGGAGAUGGAAGUGCCGCCGCACUGCCGCACCGCCUUCUCCACCAGGGAGGAGGAGCAGCUCCGCGAGCAGGGUAGCUCAGAUUAUUUCCUAACCAGUGGAGACAAGAUUAGAUUCUUCUUUGAGAAAGGUGUUUUGGAUGAGAAAGGUGACUUUCUACUUCCAAAGGAGAAGUCUGUCAGCAAGAUUGGCCAUGCUCUACAUGCUUAUGAUCCUGUCUUCAAGCAAAUCACCCACUCCCCCAAGGUGCAGGAACUGGGAAGAAAACUAGGCCUUGAGAGACCAGUAGUUGUGCAGAGCAUGUAUAUCUUCAAGCAACCUGGCAUUGGUGGUGAAGUGACACCACACCAGGAUGCCACUUUCCUGCACACAGAGCCCCUGGGCAGGAUCCUGGGGUUCUGGAUUGCUCUGGAAGAUGCCACACAGGAGAAUGGCUGUUUGUGGUUCAUCCCUGGCUCUCACACCAAUGGGAUUUCCAGGAGGAUGGUCCGUGCAGCUUCAGGUGCCUCAACAUGUGUGGAGUUUGUGGGCUCAGAGCCAGCCUACGAUGACAAGCAGUUCAUACCCCUGCCCAUAAGUAAAGGUGGACUCAUCCUCAUCCACGGCGAGGUUGUCCAUAAGAGUGAACUCAACAGCUCGGACUCUUCUCGCCACGCGUUCACCUUCCACGUGAUGGAAGCCAAAGGCACCACCUGGAGCAAGGAGAACUGGCUCCAGCCAACUCCUGAACUGCCUUUUCCAUCGCUCUACACUUGAAAUUAGUGACUGGCUUGUGGAGCCAAUAGCCGAUCAAUAUUCCUUUCUGAUUGUUCAUUCAUGGUGUCUUUAAAAACAACCUUCACUCGAUCAGCUCUCAGUGUUAAUUUAUCCUCCUCCUCGAAACCAGGACCAUUAUCACAGCCCAAAACUGCAGUACACAGAAGCUUCUACUGCAGCAGGAGCCCUGCCAGUAUGAGAGUAGUCACCCAGUCCUUUUGGUAAGGAAACACCUUCAGUCUUGAAAACAAACCAGUUAAGACCAUUGCACCUUGACUGGGACCACUUACCAAGUAUUUCUCCUGCAGAUACUCAGUAUUUUCUUGUGUUUAAGAGCUUAAGUGCAUUUCUGGACUGUUUGACUCCAGCAAUGCAAGUGAACAUGUUGUGGGGAGAAGUUUGAUUUUCAUCCCUAGUUUUCUGUCUUAUUGUUGGAAUAACAGUGAUUUAAAACAAUCUUCUUGUGGGUGAAAUGAAGCAAAAGGUCUGCUUUUUAUAGUCAGUCUUCUAAAUACUCCUGGCAGACAGUAGCUGUUUUCUCUCUGAGUGUGAUUAAAAAUACAACAAUUUUUAAAGAUUCAUGUUGAAAUGAUGGAAACAAAGAACCUCAA